AUGUGGCCAGACAUUCUUGAAAAGGCAAGACACGGAGGUUUGAACGUUAUUCAAACUUACGUGUUUUGGAACGUUCAUGAGCCAGAGCAAGGCAAAUUCAACUUCGAAGGCAACUAUGAUUUGGUGAAGUUUAUUAGGUUGGUUCAACAGAAAGGAAUGUAUGUGACCCUAAGAGUUGGACCUUUCAUCCAAGCCGAAUGGAACCACGGAGGUCUUCCAUAUUGGCUAAGAGAGGUUCCGGGGAUCAUAUUUCGUACUGAUAAUGAGCCCUAUAAGAAACACAUGAAAGCAUUCGUGGGAAAAAUUAUACAAAUGAUGAAAGAUGAGAAGCUCUUUGCUCCCCAAGGAGGCCCCAUCAUUUUGGCACAGAUUGAAAACGAGUACAACCAUAUCCAACUUGCCUAUGAGGAGGAGGGAGAUCGUUAUGUUCAAUGGGCCGCAAAUAUGGCAGUGGCCUUUGACAUUGGAGUUCCGUGGGUCAUGUGCAAGCAAAAGGAUGCUCCUGAUCCCGUCAUCAAUGCAUGCAAUGGAAGACAUUGUGGUGACACCUUCUCGGGACCAAACAAACCAUACAAGCCAUCCAUAUGGACUGAAAACUGGACUGCUCAGUACAGAGUAUUUGGUGAUCCAGUAUCUCAAAGAUCUGCAGAAGAUAUUGCCUUCUCAGUUGCCCGAUUCUUCUCCAAGAAUGGAAAUUUGGUCAACUACUAUAUGUACCAUGGUGGAACAAACUUUGGAAGAACAAGUUCUGCCUUUACAACAACCCGUUAUUAUGAUGAGGCACCUCUUGACGAAUACGGUCUUGAGAGGCAACCAAAAUGGAGCCACCUCAGGGACGCCCACACAGCUAUGCUCCUUUGCAGAAAGGCUAUUCUUCAUGGUGUUCCCACCGUCCAAAAGCUCAACACCUUCCACGAGGUUAGAGUGUUUGAGAAACCUGAAGCAAAUAUAUGUGCUGCUUUUAUCACUAACAACCACACUACUGAACCAGCCACCAUCAAUUUCAGAGGUUCUAACUACUUUUUGCCACCACAUUCCAUCAGUGUCCUCCCCGAUUGCAAGACUGUCGUUUACAACACACAAAGUAUUGUUUCACAACAUAAUGCAAGGAACUUCGUGAGGUCUGCCGUCGCAAACAACCUCAAAUGGGAGGUGUUUUCAGAGCCAAUUCCAUCAACCAAUAAACUCCCAUCAAAUCAAAAAUUUCCAGCAGAGCUUUACGUCUUACUUAAAGACACCACAGAUUAUGGAUGGUACACCACCAGCUUUGAGUUGGAUCCAGAAGACUUGCCAAAGAAGAGUGGGGCAGCCCCCGUUCUUCGUAUUAUGAGUCUCGGGCACACACUCUCCGCAUUCGUUAAUGGACAGUACAUUGGUACUGGUCAUGGUACCCAUGAUGAUAAAACUUUUGAAUUUGAGCAACCCGCAAACUUCAAGGUUGGAACCAACUAUGUAUCCAUCUUGGCCACCACAGUUGGGCUACCAGACAGUGGAGCUUACAUGGAACACAGGUAUGCUGGACCCAAGUCCAUAUCCGUCCUUGGUCUCAAUACCGGAACAAUUGAUCUCUCUGAAAACGGCUGGGGUAACCGGGUUGGUCUCAAAGGCGAACAACUUCAAAUUUUCUCCGAGGAAGGAUCAAAGAAGGUGGAGUGGAGUCCAUCCGUAGGACAAGCACGUGCUCUCUCGUGGUUUAAAACAAGAUUUGCCACACCGGAGGGUAGGGGUCCUGUUGCCAUAAGGAUGACUGGUAUGGGAAAGGGAAUGAUUUGGGUGAACGGUCAAAGCAUUGGUCGUCACUGGAUGACAUUCCUUUCUCCUCUUGGACAUCCCACUCAAGCAGAGUACCACAUCCCAAGAUCUUACCUCAACAUCAACGGUAAAGACAAUUUGCUUGUUGUAUUGGAAGAGGAGAACGCGUGUCCAGAUAAGAUUGAGAUAUUGAAUGUUGACAGAGAUACAAUCUGCAGUCACAUUGCAGAGAACGAACCUGCUAAUGUGAAUUCGUGGGUAUCUAGACACGGACAAUUCCGUUCUGUUGUGAAAGGUGUUGCUGGACCACAAGCUUCACUCAAAUGUCCAAGCGGCAAAAAGAUUGUAGCUGUGGAGUUUGCAAGCUUCGGUGACCCUUCUGGUUACUGUGGAAAGUUUAGUCUCGGCAAUUGUAAUGCUGGUCCUACGAAGAGCAUUGUUGAGAAGGAAUGCUUGGGGAAAAAAAAAUGUAUGGUUAGUGUGAGUGGUUCAAAUUUGAACGGAAAUGGUGUAGAUGGUUGCCCAGGUAUAGUGAAAACACUUGCUAUCCAAGCUAAGUGUUCUUACUAGAGUGAGAGUUGGGUGGUUGGUUUCAUUAUUAUUUGGCCAAUUCAGUCCAGAAGCUCAAAAAUGUGUCAUAUAUAUUGGAACAUCUUCUUGUUUCAUAUAUCUAUCUAUCUACACAUUCAAUUAAAUAUACAUAUU